CAAAGGCACAUGCAGCAACAGUGGAAGGUCAAUCCGCGAUUGUCAAACGACGCGUAAAUUUUAAUUCCCCAAAGAAAAGUAUUUGGUCUAAAUCUCCUGCACAUGCAACAAAACUUGAAGAUCAAUCCGCGCUUGCUAAAAGGCGCGUAAAUUUUAAUUCCCCAAACAAAAAUGUUGGGUCUAAAUCGCCUUGCGCCAUUGAGAAAUCAGAACCGAAGCAGCAGCAAAAAGUGGAUGGCAACUCGAACAUUCAUGGAGAGCUGCAACUUAAACUAGGCCAAAAUGAGGUGCUUAUGGAAUACCAAAAUAACAGUAACUACUUUCAGCCCCGGCAUACCACGGAGUUGCUAGAGUCGUGGAGUCCAACGUCUAAAAAUUGUUCUAUAAAUAAGGAGAAUGAGUUGCGAAAGCCUACGACAGUGUCCAAUGGCCAGUCGCCACUGCUCAGCAGUAAUUUAUCUACUAUGCCUCGGCCACGACGCACUUGCGAGUUGCUUAAGUCCCCAUGGCAUAUGCCCAAAAGCAGUUCAACGGGUAAGAAGAAAAAACAAUUAUUACCUUACUCGGCAAGGAAGCAGGCAAAUGCGGAUGAUUGCAUUGAACCACGACGCACCAAGCUGUUGCUAGAGUCUCCACUGCACAGCAGUAAUUUUAUGACUCAGACUCCAUGCGACGCUCUGCCUUUGCCACGACACACUAGCGAGUUGCUUACGUCACCAUGGCAUAUGCCUCAAAAGCCCAAGAGUUGUUCAACCACCAAGAAGAACGAGAUUAGAAAACCAAUGCUGGGAAAAAAACUGCUGCCUACUCCAACUGUAAGCGCUUCUUCUGCGGUGAAGAUGGAAAUCCCAGCGACAACGCAAACGCAUAAUAAAGAACAUGUGCUUCGCAGGCCCACAACGUGCCCUAGUUCGAAGCUAUUGCAACAGUCGCCCAGUGCGACACUCAAGCAUACUAUUCCGGAACGCAAGCCAAUUGCACUGCGUAGAUUGGAAUUUAAUGAUCGAACGCUGACAAAGACAACAAAUCGCAUAACAAGCUACCUUAAACAGCAGCCAGGCUUUGCUACCAUUGCUAAUCGUGGACUGCAACAUAUGUCGGCCAAGGAUUUUGUGAACAUUGCCACGCAUCUAUUGGAAUUUACUGGCGUGCUGCUCAAGCCAGUGGAAAAAGGCCACCACGCAGAGCAGAUAUUGCGAGCAAUGCGUCAACUGAACUAUCCCAAUAACAUCAACAAAUCCUGGUUUUGGUCACCUUGUGCAUCGAUGAGCCACAUAUUGUUGUUACUUGACUUUUUAUUGGAUUUUGUACCAAUGAGUCCUGAUGCUUGUGAUGAUUUUGAAUUUGAAACAGAAGCUAAAAGAGAACUGUUUACUGCUGCAGUAAAGGAAUAUCCAGCGUGGAGUUGCAAUAUGUCCAAUAUGUCUUCAGCACUUAAACAGUUGAAGGUAGAGCCACUGGAGGAGGAGCCCGUAGCUGAGUGUCAGCAGUCUUCCUUACAGCUCGUGCAGCAGUUGGAUAUAUACAUCAAGGUAGAGCCACUGGAGGAGGCCGUAGUUAAAUCUUCCUUACAGAUCGAGAAACAGUUGGAUAAACACAUGAAGAUAGAGCCACUGGAGGGGGCCGCAGCAGAGCACCAGCAGCCUUCCUUAAAGCUUAAACACCUUUCAUUACAGUUUGAGCAGCAGUUGGAUACAUACAACGAGCAUCAGGUAUACAAACGGGAGCUGCAGGACCUUGUGGAGCGCAUACACAAUCAGGGAUUGCUUUGGAGACGCUCUCGCAAGGCGCUCUUAGAGAGCAUCGAAUCUUAUAAUAUGAGAACGCGAGACUUGCGCUACUCAAUGCUGCUGGGAACUAACUGCCCUAGUGGUUUGGAGCUGCCAUUGAAACCUACGCUUAAGCAGAUCCAAGAGUGUGGAAUAAUAUUAAGAGAUUAUGUGAAUAAGUUGCAGAAGGAAAUGGCCAAAGAGCAGACUGAGACUAAGCAGUCUGCGCUUUAA